AUAGAAACCAAUCAGCUUCUAACCUCAGCUUGUUCAAUGAAGCUUUGGCAAUGAAACCUGGAAGCUGAUUGGUUUCUAUGCAGAAGGGAGUCUGAUUUUGGACUCUCCAGCUUUAGUAAAUAAACCCCUAAGGCUUUUAAUCUUUAACCUCCCUGGCGGUAUUCCCGAGUGUAGCUCGGGGUAAAAUGUCAGUACCAAAAGCGGUAACCCCGAGCUACACUCGGGCUUACCAUGCGGCGUUGCUCUGGGAGUCCCUGCAGCACUUACCUUGUCCUUCGCUCCCACGAUGUGUCCCCUGCAGCGUCCCCGGCCAUCUCCUCCGGCUGAUGUCGGCAUCUGGCUUCCAUGUUCCGGUCCCUGUGAUGUCAGACGUACGGGCGCCGAAACCGGCGGCAAAUUUGAAAUUUUUAAAAAAUGUAAUUUUUUUAAAAAAUGACUAUUACAUAGUAAAACAUUCCUGUAUCAAACCAUUUCACAUACAU